AUGGAGUCAUUUCCUCGUUUCUCCACCCCUUUCCCAUCAUCACUUCCUGUUUCCUGUCGUCUUCAUGGUGCCGAGUCGUCCUUUCUCCUCGUCUGUGACUCCGCCCAGGAAGUGAUGCGCAACGGCACGCCGAACUCACUAACGCAGCCUCUCUACCUCCACCUUCCACCUGCCGGCUCCACCCCCUCACUGUCAGUCAGCUGUAGCUACGGCAACAUCUCCGCCGAGGCUCCGGUACCUGCAGACCUCCUCCAGAGGGCGUGGCUCAGUGCCGCACCUGCUUCCUCUAGGUGGAGGGUGAAAGCUCACCUGCUGAGCACGGCGGUGUGGGCGGAGCAACCUCAGGUCCACGUCCUGUUCUACCUGGUCGGACGGAAGUGGCAGGAGGCGGAGUUCCCGGUGGAAAACUUACCCUGUGUACGUGUCACAGGUACGCGUGACCAAUCGGAGGGCUCGGUGUCGGCGGCGUGCAGGCUGCAGGGGAUUGUGGGAAUCUGCGUGGUGCAGCUGGCCGUCCCGGCGUCCUGGUUCAGUCCGGUUCUUCAGCGCAGGCGCUCGCAGGAACUCAGCAUGGAGCUGCACUACUCCGUCUCUCCUGCAGAGGGCGGCGAGGACGAGUGCGCCAGGAGCGCAGGGGGGGCGCAGAGGAUCGGCGCGGUCACGCUGAGCACCGGCGAGGUCAGACGGGACGGAACCAGGAUCCCUCUGGACCGGAACGUGGAGAUCGUGGCUCCGCCCGGACCUGUGAAACCAGGACAUAACGUCAGAUUCAGGGUUCUUCUGAACACAGUGACCACGGUGGAACACUUCACCCUCAGAGCUCAGUACGGUGAAGGGAUUCAUUUUGUAGCGGUGAAACCCAACAAUCUGGCAACCUGGGAAAUCAAACAGGAAGUGGCUCCUGGCUCCGCCUCCUUUUCUAUAUUCUGCGAGAGGAGAAGCGUUUCGUCCAAUGAGAGGGUGGACGGACGGUUCGAGGAGGUGAUGCUGGUGGACUUUGAGGUGGAGAACUUCAUCUCACUCCAGACGUCUCACUCCGUCCUCUGGAGGGUGGAAUAUCCGUCCACUGGGGAGACGUCCCAGUCCGAGUCGCUGUUCUACGUCAGGCAGAGGGACGUGGUGGGCGUGGUCCCGCUCGCUGAGGACACGGAGAUCCUGAACACGGCCAUCCUGACAGGUCAGCGCGUGUCACUUCCUGUGAAGGUGGUUACGGUGGAGCGGGACGGGACGGUGAGAGAGGUAGACGAUCCCGUCACCUGCAGGUCCACCGACGAGGACGUUCUGAAGGUCUCUCCAUCAUGUGACGAGGUGUUGGUGAAUGGGAAGGAGAUGAGGGGGCGUGUCUCAGUGAGUGUGAACUUCACAUACCUGUACAUGAACAGCCAAUUAGAGCUGAGCGUCUGGGUGCCACGCCUACCGCUGCAGAUCGACGUCUCUGAUGUGGAACUAAGUCAGAUCAAAGGCUGGAGGGUUCCCAUCAGCACCGGCGCCACCCACAGGAGGCUGACCCGUGACAGUGAUGAUGACGAGGAUGAUGAGCGGAGGGGGAAGGGAUGCACCCUGCAGUACCAGUACGCCCUCGUCCGGGUCCUCACACACUUCGUGGCGGAACCGAGCGGCCCCCGCGAUGACCUCGUCCACAUGCUGGGAUCUGAUUGGUCGGCGGACAUUACAGAGCUGGUGCUGGACUUCCUGAAGGUGGAGGACGAGCGGAUCGCCCGACUCGUGGAUGGAAGAGUUUUGAUGGGGAGGGACCUGGGCAUCACCACCAUCCAGGUGAUCUCUCCUCUCUCUGACUCCAUUCUGGCGGAGAGGACGGUCACAGUGCUGGAUGAUAAAGUCAGCGUCUCUGAUCUGGGGGUUCAGAUCAUCGCCUCGCUCUCCAUCUCACUACAGCUCAGUGUGACGCACAGGAACGCCGUCUACAUCACCAGCUCCGCCCACGAGCUGCUGCACACGCCCAGACAGGAAGCUGCGGUCAGCACCUGGAUUCAGUACAGCGACGGAUCUGUGACCCCGCUGGACAUCUACGACCCUAAAGACUUCACGCUCUCUGUGACAUCACUGGACGAGAGCGUGGUGUCCACCAAUCAGGAGCUGCCCCACGCCUGGCCCAUGGUGACGGCGGAGGGCGAAGGUCAGGGGUCGCUGGUCCGGGUGGAGAUGCUAAUCUCAGAGACGUGUCAGAAAUCCAAACGGAAGAGCGUGUUAGCGAUGGGCGUGGGGAGCGUCCGUGUUAAGUUCGGGCAGGAGGAGAUGGGCGGGGCGCAGGAGGGGGAGGGGCUCACCGAUCUUGACGGCGACACUGACGGGCGGCGGCAGGAAGUGACGGUUCUAGAGGAGGAGAAGAACGGUGACGCGGACGGGUGGAAGCUGGUGAACCGGGAGGACGUGGCUCUCAGGAAGGUUAGCGCCACCACCAAAUCUGGUGUCGCCGGCCCCGCUAACAACAACCUGAACAACGUGGGGCAGAUCAGCUACCCGGUGCAGGAGGAGCUACCGAGCGACGAGCUGACGGCGAACCCGCGGCGCCUCUCGGACCUGGAGAUCGGCAUGUACGCCCUGCUGGGCGUGUUCGGCCUCGCCAUCUUCAUCUUCCUCAUCAACUGUGUUAGCUUUGCCUUCCGCUACCGACACAAACAGCUCCCGGUUCUGGACCGCGGCACCGUCAACCACGCCCACGACUGGGUGUUCCUCGGAAACGGGGCGGAGCUCCAGGACCGGCACUGCGCCGACCCCGAGCGCACCACGACGGCGAUGGACCGGAGCCGCGACGCCGCAGAGGAGAGCAAGUACCUCCUGAACUUAAACAUGAACCUCGACCUGAACGGGGGCGGGACUCAGAAACGGAGCUCCGCCCACGUUCAGGACGUCACCGAGCCGAGUGUAAAGAAGCGGGUGAAGUUCACGCCGUUUACCACCGUGGUGACGGACGAGAGCUCGCCGUACGCCAACGUGAUCGGGCACGACGACGACAUCAAGUGGGUCUGCCAGGACGUGGACGUGGGGACGUACAUGGAGCGACUGCAGGACAAUCUGUGAACCCAAAACGUACCGAAUAUUUAACCAGACCAGAGAGAGAACGGGCGUGAGAAUGAACGGGGCAAGCGAGAGAACAGGCGUGAGAGAACGGACUCGGAACAUUCUCACCUGUGAUGCCUUUGCACCGAGAAGGACGUUGAAACAAGGGACUCGAACCGAACCAGCACAGCGAGGAACCGUUCUGAUGUACCCGGAGGAACCAGCAGGGGGCGCCGACACACAGCAGCUUCCACCUCUCAUCAUUAAAAUCUACGUUUAUUUUUAAACCCUCAU